AUGGGGAUAAUGAGCGACCCCCCGCCCACCCCCUCCCUCGAGAGAGCAAUUUGCGGUGUGGCCAGGCCCAUUGACAAUGCUAAUGACCCCGGGGCGCUGAAUGUCUCUCACAGGGGACUGAGAGCACAGCUGCAUUGUUGUCCUCCCCUGGGUGUGAGGACCCUCUACAACUUCUCCUACCCUGGAAUAUUCACCUGGGUUCCUGGCAACAACAACAACAACAACAUGUCUGCGCCUCCAUCUAUCUCCUCUUCCCUUCAGAGGCGUCACAUUCCAGCGCCUGUCCUGCUCCUCCUGCUUCUUGUAGGGUCUGGCUACCCCUCCGUCCUGAGGCCUGGAGCUGGUGGUGGGGCCGAGGCUAAAGUGAGGGCCAGAUCAAGGGUGAGGACCGGGGCUGGGGCUGAAGCUGAGGCUAGGCUUGGGGCUGCCGAGUCUCAGAUCGAGAUAGUGACCGGCAGUGACGUUGAGGAAUGGACCGGAGCAGGAGUUCUCUCGGGGUCAAUCCUGUCACACGGUGGCGGAGGCGGGCAGUGGGACUCGCGCGGCUCCUCUCGUUGUGUGCCCGUUCCAUCUGGCAUGGCCCUGUGCCAGGACAUUGGCUACGACACCAUGAGGAUGCCCAACCUGCUGGGGCACGAGUCGCCGGGGGAGGCCGUGCAGCAGAGCGCCAGCUGGCUCCCCCUGCUCGCCAGGGAAUGUCACCCUGACGCACGCAUCUUCCUCUGCUCACUCUUUGCUCCCAUCUGCUUGGACAGGUUUGUCUCACCCUGCAGGAGUAUCUGCGAGGCUGUGAGGGACAGCUGUGCUCCAAUCAUGAGUUGCUAUGGCUACCCCUGGCCAGAUAUUCUACGUUGUGACCAGUUUCCUGCUGACCACUUGAUGUGCAUCUCAUCCAUCACCAACGCCAGUGUCAGCGUCAGCGCGAGGGGGCACAAAGUACCCCAGGCCAGCUGUCGAGACUGUGAGUUAGAGGAGGCCUCCUCAGCCAAAGACCUGCUAGAAACCUUCUGUAGGAGUGAUUUUGUGGUGAAACUGCGCCUGACGAGGCUCGAGUCCAGCCAGGUGAGCCUGACCCAGUUCACCCUGGCCUCCAAGCUGGAGGUCCUGAAGCACGGCCCGCUGCUGGGGGGCCAGAUCCGCUCCCGCAUGCAGCUGUGGCUGGAGAGGGACGCCACCUGCGUCCGGAACAUGACGCGGCGCCAGCCCCGCGGCGGCACCUUCUUGGUGACGGGGACCAUGCAGGGGGAGCGGCUGGUGGUCAACAAGGCCUUUGCCUGGCAAAAACGGGACCGGAAUCUGAUGGUGGCAGCACGCAAGUGGAAGAGACACCGGUGCAGAAACUAGAGCUAUGGGGCUUGAGAUGGGUUGAGUAGACCGCAGAACCCCAUGCUACUGAGCUUUAAAACAUUGCAGAACACAACGUCUUCUGAAAAAUGUACAUAUCUAUAUAUUAUAAGCAAA